AUGGAAACACUUACGUCCACUUCGAGAGACAUUGUAGAGUGCAUGGCUCGCUCCGACAACGUCCUGAACACAGGCUUCUGCCCGCGCGCCGACCGCGACAGCGUCGCGACCUUCACAUCCGCCCUAACCUUCUCCCCCGCCUCACCAAACGAAGCUCUGCUUUCCCCCAAACCCUCGUCCAAGGGAAAGCAUGGACAUACUCAAGUGCUAGCGCCGCCAAUGAGCGAGUUCAACAUGCUGGUGACGAACUUGGGUGCUGGCGAAAGAGAGGUGUUGGAACCGCUUGGCGGACCGGGUGUGAUGCUCGUUACGGCAGGGAAGGGAACAAUGAUUGCGGAGGGGAAGGAGAGGGAUGUGAAAGAGGGAUGGGUUUUCUUUGUUGGUGUGGGGACUGAGUUGGAGUUUGUGGGGGAUGAUGAUGGGGGUUUAGAGUUUCAUUUGGCAUUUUGUGAAGCAUGA